CGAGGUCUCACGUGACCAAAAACUGUGCCCAAACAUGGUGGCGGGCAUUCGUUUUCCAGUACGAAGGGCGAGAUGGAGGGUGGCGGCGAGGGUCGUCGUGUCUUGUUGUCGACGAUGGAGAAGACAACGGUCGUGGUGGCUGCGCUCGCCGUGGUGAUCCGCAGCCAAGUCGCGAGGGCGGCAGGGCGCAUGAAGGUGACGCAUUCGAGGCGGCGGCAGAGGCUUCUGGUGCAGAGGGUCGUGGACGCCCCGGACUGCAUUAGCAACUCGAAGGCCGUGGUUCAGUUGCGCGCUGCAAUCGGGUGUGGUGUGCUUCCUCGGGCAACGCCACGUUGGUGGAUGAAGUGGACAACAGAAGGCACUUGGGAGGAUUUGCGGGUGUGCGAUGAUGCGACUUACGACUACUUUCGGGAAAAGCCUGAGCUCCACAUGUCCAGGCGAGUUUUCAUGGAGAUCAGCGAAGCCUGUGCUCCACAUCUACAACAACAGGUCACGUUCUACAAGGAGUCACUGCAGCCAGAACAGAUCGUCGCGUACGCGUUGUACAGGUGGGCUAUGGGGGAGACAUACAACAAGAGCACGUCGUCUUUCGACAUAGGGCGAGCUUCUGAACUUCUUGCCAUGCGCGAUGUCACAUCUGCGCUGUUGAGGGUCUACGCAGACACGAUUUCCUGGUCUACGGGCAUGCGGAAACACGUCAUGCUCCGGACGUUUUUGGAGAAGGGUUUUCCCAACUGUCACGCCGUCGUCGACUGCACACACAUCUACGUCGACAAACCGGCAAACACCCCCAGCGACAACUACUUCGAGUGCAAACACCGUUUCUCCGUCGUUGCGCAUGUCGUAGUCGACUUGGAUCUGCGCGUUUUGGACGUGUUCGUUGGGUAUCCCAGGAGCUGCCAUGACAUAAGGGUGAUCCAACUGUCUAGUCUGUCGUUGCGCCGCUCGGAAGAGGGAACACUGUUUCAUGAACCGCCUGUCACGCUGUCGGGCGGGGUGAGGACAAACAGAUACAUCUUGGGCAACAACGGGUCACGGUACCCUCCUUCUGAAUGGGUAGUGGUGUCGUACGACGGAAUCAAUCAGCCCUCUGGCGCGGAAAGGUUCGACACGAAGCAGAAGGUCGCAAGAGGGGCUGUGGAGAGGGCAUUCGGGCGGUUGAAGGGGAUGUGGAGGCUCUUCUUGCGGACACACAAAACCAACCUAGACACUUUGUCGCAGCAGUUCACGGCCGUCUGCAUACUACACAACAUUCUCCUGGAUGUUGGUCUCGAGUUCGACGAGAAUCUGCUAUGGGAGGUCGACGCAAACGGGGUGCGGCGCCGAGUGGAUCUGGGGAUUCAUCUUCCCCGCAGCCAGUCAGCAAUUCCGCUUCCACGACCGAGGGGGUCGUGCUCUGGAACGCUCUAGCAGAGCGAAUGAAGCACAUGUAAUCUG